AUGGUUGAGGAGGAGUUAACUCUUUUUCGUGCGAAGUUGCCAGGCCUGUAUACGAGUGGCGCUACGGGGCCAGGGGUUGGACCGGGGUCUUAUAACAUCGCAUAUACUUCUUCCAAGCCCAUUCAUGGCGAGGCUCCGUUUGGCAUUACAAGCGAUAGGUUUGCUUCGCAUCGUGGUGCCCCGACGCCUGGUGUUGGGACCUAUGAUGUGACUUUUAAUGAGGCCGGGACUGGGGACAUUACUAUGGUUCCAUUUGCUUCUUCAGUGGCUCGUUUUUAUGCACCCCGCGCCGAUGAAGUUCCUGGCCCAGGGGCAUAUCCUCACGAUGGUAAUAGGUGGGGUAAAAAUGGGCGUGCUCAUACCAUUGGGACAUUUCGUUUUAAGGGCACUGAGGAUGCGUUUUUUCUGGGUCCAGGCUCAUAUAACCCAAAUUAUGAUUCGGGUCGUCGCGCACAUCCACGUGCGGCUAAUUUUGGCGGUUAUAGUGGCCGUGGCGAUCCUCAGUUUAGCGAUGUACCAGGACCUGGACAUUAUGACAUUGCAGCUUCUGCAAAGUCUAUUUACGAUAAUAAACCCAGUUCAAUGUUUGCAACAAAAACUGUGCGUUCAGUCUUUGGAGGCAAGGCGGGGACUCCAGGGCCUGGGACUUAUGAUUUGCCUUCGUAUUUUCAAUCCUUAGAACAAUAUCGUGAUGCAAACCCUGAAACUUUUUUUGCUUUUGGUUCCUCAGCGCUUCGUUAUGGCCCCUAUGAGCCUACAGAUUUACCGGGUCCAGGUACUUACACAGGAGAAAUUGCACCGCGUCGUCCAAAGACGCUGCCAAAAACGAAGGGAACAUCUUCGUUUGCCUCCGAAACAAACCGAAACAGGCUACCUUGUGGAACGAACCUCGGUCCUGGGGCGUAUGAGCUCAGUAAACCUAUUAACGUGCGGAAACAUCAAUUGGCUUCUGUGCCUUUUCGCUCCCGUUUGUCAAGAUUUCCUUCACCAAAACGCACGGAAGCAGGAGAAAUUGUUGAACCAUAUCGUACUCUUGUACGUGUACCACGCCGUAUUCAUCCUGCUAGAUUUUUGGGUGAUACCGUCGUCACCGCACCAAAAAUGGGUUCAAGAUCCGUUGUUCCAGAUCGUGUUUAUGAUGUCAAGAAUGAUUGGACGAAACCUACUUGUACAAGUGGCUCGUAUUUGGGUACUGCCCCUCGUUUUGAGAAAAAAGCCUUGAAUGAUUUUCCUGGUCCGGGCCAGUAUGAUGUUUUAAAAAAAGAUUUGUCGAAUGGGGCAAAAUCGUUAAAUGGCACAUGGGGAACUGAUGGAAGGUUUAAGUCCGGCAAUGGAGGUGGCGAUCCUGGCCCAGGACACUAUCGCUCUGACAGCACCUUCUACAAAAAGAGCUUUAACUGUACCAUUGGUUUUACAGAGGAGAUGUAA